AUGAAUACAAAUGUAGUAAACACGAGAGGCUUAUAUAAAUAUUUGUUUGCGCACAGGGACAUGCAUGCAGUAGUGUGCGGAGGUACCAAAGGAUUGUGCGAUGCCAUGAAGCCUGCCAGUGGAGCAGAGUUGCUGCGGUACCUGAGGAAAGUUAACUUCACCGGACUAAGCGGCGACGAGUUCCACUUCGACGCUAACGGCGAUGGCCCCGCACGGUACAACAUCCUGCAUUUCAAGCAGGUCGAACCUGGUCAGUACCGCUGGAUCAAUGUCGGGCAGUACCACGACGGGGCACUGAAGCUCGAUUUGGAUAAUAUUCAAUUCAAGCUCGAUUCGCGGCGACCGCCGGAGUCAGUGUGCAGUGCCGAGUGUGAACUCGGACAGGCCAAGCAGUACGUUGAGGGCGAGAGUUGCUGUUGGCACUGCUUCAACUGCACUCAGUACGAGAUCCGUUCACCGUACGUGGAAACAGCAUGCAUGGUAUGCCCGCGGGGAACGUUGCCGGAUCCCACAAGGACACACUGCACGGCUAUCCCCGAGGCGUACCUUCGCCCAGACUCGGCUUGGGCCAUUGGUGCUAUGUCAUUCUCUUCUGUUGGGAUCCUGCUUACUGCUUUCGUAUGCGGCGUGUGGUUCCGCCACAGCUCGACGCCGGUUGUCCGCGCCAGUGGCCGCGAGCUUUCCUACGUGCUCUUGGCUGGGAUCCUAAUGUGCUACCUCGUCACCUUCGCACUCGUCUUUCGCCCCACCGACAUCUUGUGCUCUAUUCAGAGAUUCGGCACGGGUUUCUGCUUUACGGUGGUGUACGCAGCACUGCUGACGAAGACGAACCGGAUCUCCCGCAUCUUCAACGCCAGCAAACACUCCGCCAAGCGACCGAUACUCAUAUCACCGAGUUCACAGUUGUGCAUAUGCGCUGGACUUGUGUCUAUACAAGUACUAAUAGUAGUAGUGUGGAUGAUCGUAGCCCCGGCGCGGGCGAUGUUCCACUAUCCAACGAGAGAAGACAAUAUGCUGGUCUGCGACUCGUAUGUCGAUGCAAGCUACAUGAUCGCCUUCUUCUACCCGAUCGUUCUCAUCAUCGUGUGCACAGUAUACGCUGUGCUCACAAGGAAGAUCCCGGAAGCUUUUAAUGAGAGCAAACAUAUUGGCUUCACGAUGUACACCACGUGCGUAAUCUGGUUGGCGUUCGUGCCGCUGUACUUCGGCACUGCGUCACACGUGCCUCUGCGCGUCACCAGCAUGGCCGUCACCAUCUCGCUCAGCGCCAGUGUUACGCUCGUCUGUCUUUUUUCUCCGAAGCUGUACAUAAUCCUGAUCAGGCCCGAGCGAAACGUGCGCCAAAGCAUCAUGCCAGUGCGCUACAGUCGAAAGCCGCCACCGCCUGCGCUACUGCGCUCCACCCACAACAGGCCAACAAGUGCUGACAAAGGAACCCAAACAGAACCAGCUGAAUUCAACAAACUGAACGGACAAACGUGUCUACUGAACAAAGAACAAAACAAUCUCGAGGAAAAGCCAGUUGACAAAGGUAACAUUAAAAUCGAAAAUAAAACUAUUACGAUAAAAGAAAGUCACAAUGAAACCAAUAUCGACAGUUUAAAAGACAAACUUAAUAACAUUAAACCUCCAAGUUACGAAGUCAUAGUUGAUAAAAAUAACAAAGUAACUGCAACUAGUGAUAAAGCAGAUACUUUAUAGCAACGACAUUCAUCCAAGUCUUUGAACGGAGAAUAUAAACCAAGUAAACAGUUCAGC